AUGUUUGGCUUCAUGUGGAAAAUCUUUCUUUGCCUUCCGGGAAUGAUUAACACAGAUCUUCAAAUAGUUGCAGCUGCAGGAGAACAGGCUAAAGAUGUUUCACCAGCCCCUCAGUUCAGUGACUGGCAGCUGGCAAACCCUUCUCUGCCUCCUGGCUUGCAAAAGCCUGAUGGCAUCAUGGAUGCUGAGCAGUUCCACAGGCACGUGCAGUUACGCAGGAAGCGAUCCAUUCUGUUUCCCAGUGGAGUUAAGAUCUGCCCUGAUGAAUCUGUUGAGCAGGCUAUUGCCAACCAUCUGAAGUAUUUCAGGCUCAGAGUGUGCCAGGAAACAGUCUGGGAGGUCUUCAAGACAUUCUGGGACAGACUGCCAGAGCGUGAAGAAUAUAACACCUGGAUGAGCCUGUGCGAGGAGGGCACGAUGAGCAUCUUUGAAAUGGGCACCAACUUCAGCCAGUCUGAGGAGCACCGGAGCCUGAUCGUGAAGAAACUGGCCUAUACAAAGGAAGCAAUGGGCAGUUCCUGUGCUGAUUGGUCAUGUGGUGGGACUCCUACUCCACCUUCGGAUGCUGAUGUUACCACACUGAGAGAUGCAGCUGCCAAUGUUCCUCCCCCUCAUGAGGUCUCUGUCGAGAGUCCUGUGGGUGAUACCGUCCAUGAGCAUGACAAUGUGGACACCACUAUCAAUAACGAGAUAAAGAAGCAGGAUGAGAAGAUAGUCAGGCCUGUAACUGAGCAGAUGAUUGAGUUCAACAUUUUGAUUGUUGGUGAACAGUACAGUGAGGAGCUGAAGGACCCAUCUGCUGCUGAGUAUCAACUGCUGUCUGAACGAUUCAUUUCUCAGAUUAAAAGCGUAUUUGAAGGACUACCUGGAUACAAAACCAUCCAUGUCCUGGAUUACAGCCCUUCCGAGGAAGACAGUGGGGUGGAAGUUCACUAUGCUGUCACAUUUGAUGGAAAAGCCAUCAGCAAUGCCACCUGGGACCUGAUUAACCUUCAUUCAAACAAGGUGGAGGACAACUCCUUCAUGGGCAUAGAGGAUAAUCCAACAGUUGUGUACACCAUCAGUGAUUUCAGAGAUUAUAUUGCUGAGAUCCUCCAGAAAAAUGCUCUGCUCGAAAAUGUUUCCAUCUCUUUAGACCCAAACUCUCUUCAGCUUACUAAUGUGAAGGAAAUACUGCACUCCACAUCAGGAGACCCAUCCUGGAUUACUGAGCACCCAGUUGUGCUGGAGCGCCCAGAGUUUGAUGACAGCACCUUUACAGCUGAACGUCCUUCUGCAGAUGAGUCGACAGUCAGCAAUGCCUUGCCCUUUGAUUACACCAAACCAGAUUCCAGCUCAGACAGUGAGCAGGCCAGUGACAAUGAAAUCCAGCCAAGACCAGAGAACGUUGACUAUGAGGCUGGUUUGGCACCUGAAGCUCCCCUUUCCUCAGAGGUUGAUGUCACUUCUUUGCCUGAUGGGCAGAAUGUAGAGACUACUCAUUUAGUCACUGUACCAGUGUUAGAGCAUGAUUCUGUGGACUCUCUGGAAUGGCUUUCAGCCCCCAGCUCUUUAGAUGACAACAUCUAAUUGUCAAUUUUUUUUUAAAUUUUAAUGUUUGAAGACACUGGAGCAUCUGAAGAACUUUUGCCUUUAAGUCCUUCUCACCUUGUGCCUGAAGAAUCUCCAUCUACCGAUGACUAUGCAGUUCCUUUGCUUUCUGCACCAACAGUGGCCUCUUCAUCAGUUGUAGAGACUGAUAUUAAAGAGAAGAAAGAAGUAAUCCAAGGUAGUCCUGAGGGCAGUGACAGUGCAGACUCUGUGGAAGAAAUUCCUUUUCCCUUAGAAGUGCCCCCUAUGGAAGACGAAACUGAUAUAUUUCUUGGAGAUAGAGUUAUAUAUGAUGAUGGGUCUGGUUCAGCUUUUGAUGGUUCAGGAAAAGAAAUGGAAUCAAGUAUCUGGCCUUGGGAAGAAGCAACCCUGGAACCAGUUUUCUACCCUGGUCCUGAUAGCUGGCUUGAAGAUGACAAUGAGUCUUUAUUAAGCAAAACUGAGGAUAUUCCUGAAGGCAUGAUUUUAGACUAUAUUCUUAACUCUGGGAAUAAAUUAGAUUAUGACCUUUCCAAAGAUGAGAAUGAAGGGAUAGUCGAUAUGAAAGAUUUCCUUGACGAGUCUGAAAUAUUUGUCUUUCCAGAGACUACAACUCCGCAAGUACCUCUGUUACAGACAGAAGAGUGGAACAGACAGUCUGUGGAACCAUCUGCACAGACAGAAACACUGGGCAUGUAUGACUCCUCUUUUGUCAUGCCAGCUGGAGAGGCCCCUGUCUCACCACCACAUACAGAUCUGUCUGUGGAAGAUAGUCUCCAUACAUCUGCAGGGACUGUCAGUGUGGAGCAACCUGAGCAAAACACAAUCCCUGAAGCAGUUGAGCACCACAGCGAAGACAGGGCAGUGGUAGAAGAAGCAUUCACAGUGAAGCAGCCAGAUGUAAUGGAAGCUGCUACAAUAGGGCACUUGGACACAAUCUCUUUAGAAACUAUUCUGACUGCAGAUCCUUCUGUGGUAAAGCCUGUUGCUUCCACAGAAGAGCAGCAAGCCCUGGAUUCAUCACUGGCAGACCAAGACACUCUUGGAUCAGCAGUGAAGGAACCAGCUGAUGUUUGGCCUUCUGACAGGGCACCAGAAACCUCCUUAGAUCAGACAGUGCAACCAGCAGUGCCAGCAGUGGUUACUCAAGGUCCAGCUGCAGGUCCUUCUGCAAUAGAUCACACCACUGUCCUAGAGGGCUUUGCUGGACAGGAGGGUACAGACCAUGGCACCCAUAUUUCCAUGAGCUUCAGCACUGCUAUGGAUUAUCAAACAGUGAGUGUAACAACAAGCACCAUUGAGCUUCCGUCCCAUCUCCCUCCUGUGGGAUCCACGCCAUCAUUGUCUGUGGCUACCUCAACAAAGCUGGGAGAUGAAGCAACAAGAGUCCUGGAUGUUUCAGUAGACCUGGGCCGUGUUAGCACAGCCCAAUUUUCUCCUGAGCAGACUGAGGAGGGAAGGAGAAUGACUGAAAGUCACAUCGAGCUAACCACUCGUGUCCAGUCCACAGAGAUGGCCAGUGUGGCUUGGGCCACCCAUGAGACUCACUACAGCAGCACCGUCCCCUCCCGAGCUCUCGUUGUGUUCUUCAGCCUCCGGGUCACCAACAUGAUGUUUUCAGAGGACCUGUUUAAUAAAAACUCCCCUGAAUACAAAGCCUUGGAGCAGCGAUUCCUGGAACUGCUGGUGCCCUACCUUCAGUCAAAUCUGACAGGAUUCCAGAAUCUGGAAAUCCUGAACUUCAGAAAUGGCAGCAUUGUGGUGAACAGUCGAAUGAAAUUUGCCAAACCUGUGCCUCGGAAUGUCACCAACGCUGUGUACAUGAUCCUGGAAGAUUUCUGCAACACUGCAUAUCACACCAUGAACCUGGCCAUUGAUAAAUACUCCCUGGAUGUUGAAUCGGGUGAGCAAGCAGAUCCCUGCAAGUUCCAGGCCUGCAAUGAGUUCUCUGAAUGCUUAGUAAAUCGCUGGAGUGGGGAAGCUGAGUGUGUCUGCAACCCUGGCUACCUCAGCAUCGAUGGGCUGCCAUGCAACAGCAUUUGUGACCUGCAGCCAAACUUCUGCCUGAACGACGGCAAGUGUGACAUAAGCCCUGGGCAAGGGGCCAUCUGCAGGUGUCGUGUGGGAGAGAACUGGUGGUACAGAGGGGAGCACUGUGAGGAAUACGUGUCUGAGCCACUGGUCGUGGGUAUUGCAAUUGCUUCUGUGGCAGGAUUCCUUCUUGUGGCAUCUGCUGUCAUCUUCUUCUUGGCCAGGACCCUUCGAGAUCAGUACACAAAGAGUGAUACUGGGGACUCCCAGGGGCAGGGUGACAGCCUCUCGUCCAUGGAGAAUGCAGUUAAAUACAACCCCAUGUAUGAGAGUGACACGACUGGCUACAGCCAUUAUUACCGGAGGUAUCCGCAGCUCACGUCCUACAGUUCCACCAGUGCAGAGACAUCCACUGACUACAGCAGUGAAGAGAUCAGGCACAUUUAUGAAAACAGUGAGCUUACUAAGGAGGAAAUUCAGGACAGAAUUCGAAUUAUAGAGCUCUAUGCUAAAGACCGCCAGUUUGCAGAGUUUGUUAGGCAGCAUCAAAUGAAGCUGCUUUAAGAAAAAAAGAAAUUGAUAGAAUACACAUGGGAGAUAAAUGCUACCUUGCUGCCCCAGCAACGGGCUCAGAUGUAACUGCAAAGUUACUUAUAGUCUUAACAUUGCAUGGAUGGAUACAGAUGUUUUAUACAUGAAUGGCUAAAAUGUACAGAUGUCUGUUUAUCUCAAUUUCUUCUGGCUUUUCCGUGUAAACUGACACUUUUAAGAAGUAAUCAGAAGUGGCAGAGGUUAUGAAAGUUCAUUUUUCUUUAACUUCAAAAUGGACAUUGAAAGAUUUUGUAUACAAAGGCAAAAAAAAAAAAAUCUCCUCGGAUAAGACAAGAUACAUGCACAACCAAAAUAAAAUGCAUAUUGAAAAUCCCUGCCUGGCAUUUUAUCCCCUCACAGGAGCUUCCAGUGGAAAUUCUAUGGAUAUAAAACAUCAGCAGGAGGAAAUAUUUGAUUUGCAAAGAAAUGAGUUGUAGGGGAGAACUAUAGUGCUAGAGUUAUAUUAGCAUUAUUUUAAAGCAGACACAAACAAAACCUCACUGGAAAAGCUUUUCUUCUGUACAGAUGCCUGAUGUACCUUUUGCUACCUGGCAUUAGCAAAGCAGAAGAUAGCAUGGAGCCUGCAGCCCCCUGAGGGCUCUCCCUGGAAUACAGGGAGCCUUGGCCAGGCAGGACAGUGCUUCUGCAGCACACUGCAGUGUCUUUAAAGCCAGGAUGGGUGAUUCUCCAGCUCAUUCUGGCAGACACACAAGCUGGGGCACAGAAGGGCUUCUAUCAUACAAAUGUUCUGUGAAACUUAAGUGGCUAACGUUGAUUUUUACUUUUUUUUUUGUAUGUAGACAUUUUGUUUCAUAUUUUGUAAGUAAAUUGCAUUAUUUAUUUGUUGUGUGUUUCCUUCCCAGCUUGUUUUCAUAAUGGAUUUAGCUGUUGAAAUAGAAAGAUGACCAGUUUUAAUAAUGAAAUACUACUCUGGCAUUUGUGCCCAUUCUUUUAUAUCUAUAUUAUAUUUAGUUUUUACUCAGUGUUGAAUUCAGCCAAUAUUUGAAAUUACUGAACUGGGCAGUAGCCUGCCAUGAGUUCCCUUUCAAAACCAGGUACUUAAGUCAAUGCACACUUGGUAGAUGUCAACACUUUCCUGUGGGGAAGGGAAAAACUGGAAUUAUUCUUAGUUUUUUGGAAAUCAGCAUAGAAUCCCUUAAACAGAAGAAGCCUAAAGCAUUUAGAAAUAGCUGCAUUGAGAAGGGGGACUUCCAAGUAAAGAAAUGGAAUUUUAUGUUCAAGUUAUGAAGAGAGUUCUGACUAUAUAUUAGGCUGUGUUGUGGCUCUGUUCAGUCCCCCAGGGUCUCUUGUUUAAGUCAUGAACACAGCUGUCAGGGUUAGGGCAUCAAUUACAAUCACAUUAGCUUGUGCUAGCCAAAAAGGCCAAGUGAUUUACUUCUACAACAUCUGUAGUUCUCAGCCCCCAUGUGCCAACAGCCACCUAGAUACUUUCUAGAGUUAAGUGACAGUGAGAAUUCCUUGGUUGUCAGUAGGCAGCUUAGCUAAACAACAGAAUAUUUCAAUGCAAUUCCCUGCAUGUCCUGGAGAACCUCACUGGAUCACUGGUGUAGCACCUUCUUGCCUUGAGUGGCAGGGGAUGGGUAUCAGAGCCACACAUCUGUCAAAGAAAUGCAAAUAAACCACUGAAAGCCAAAUAAUGCCAGGCAGCAGGAGCUGUUAUGGUGCUGCUGAACACUGGGACCAGAUGUUCUGAGGCAGAGGCCCCGUUCUACUGGCAGCCCAGGGGCUGUCAGAGUCUGAGGCACAGCCCAGCC